UAUAGUUGGCAAAUCUUGUUAUUGCUCAUGGUAUUAUCCAAUGUUUUAGUAAGUGUCUGGCUUUGUUAAUUUAUUUUGUGCUGUCCUGCUAGUUUACAGUCAAUGUAGUUGCCAGGUGAAGCUGAAAGCUAUUAUUUCUUAUUCCUAUGCUGACUAAUUAGUCUUUUGUUUCCUUGUAUCAGAAAGUCACAGACGCAGUGAGUUUAAAGCUAAUCAAUUACUAUACAUGUAUUGCAUGAAAUCAAACAGAAAUGGCAUUUAGCAUGCUCACUUUCUGAUCUAGUAAUAGCUCUGAGCUUGUAGAGCUCCCAUUAGCUUAAAGGCAGAGAACUGCAUGAACUUGCACAAAUUGAAAGCAAACUAAUUAGUAUUUUCUCUAAACAAAUAGCAGCAAUAGUUAAAUUGGAUAUUUCAGGGCUUGACCAUGCAGAACUCCUGCCGAAGUCAAUGGGAGAUGGGCACUUGGUCCCUCCACAAGCAUAGUCUGAUUCACUAUUUUGUUGGAACUUUGGACUUGCUAUUCCAUUAAUUGACGGUUCUCUUUGUCUUUGUAUUUACUUUCCCAGAUGUUCCAGCCUAUCAUUUUACUUAUUCUCAUCCUUGUAUUAUUUUCAUCCCUUUCAUACACAACAAUAUUUAAACUUGUCUUCCUUUUUACACUGUUUUUUGUACUGUAAGCCAUUCAUCAUUUAUUGUUCAUUGUAGUAUUAUUUUCAGUUUGUUUAUUUUGUCCACCCUCCAAGAUAAGAAGUGCAAGAGACAUAGUUUCUGUAAUAACCACUGCUGUAAAAACACUGAAGACUACUUGUUUGCCAAAACCAAAACAAAACCAAAAAAACUGAAAAAAACCCCAUACCAAAAAGUCACCCAGUUGAAUAGGAAACCCAGUCACCAUGGUGUUCCAGAUCAAGAUUCACAGGACUGGAUCCCAGCUAGCUAUGCAUUUCAUUGCUUUCACUGCUGUUUAGAGAUGGACUGAAAAACUUCUAAAGGAUUUCUUAUUCCAUGAAAGGAAACAUUUGGGGAAGAAAGAAAAAAAGCAGAGGUAUCUUAUUGCUGUUACACAGACUGUAACCAUGGACUUGCGUAAACAACUGGAGAAUACUGAGAGGAACUGGAAUAAAGAGAAGAUGGAAUUGCUGGAGAGAUUUGACAAUGAAAGGAAAGAAUGGGAAUGUCAAUGGAAGGUCAUGCAGAAGAAAAUAGAAGAGCUUUACCAGGAGGUAAAACUUAGAAGGGAGAGCAAUAUGAAUGCCCAUGAUAAUAAAGCCAUUCAGAGCAAGAUGCUGCAGCUGUCCACGCAUUCCCCUGCUUCAGAAGAGAGUAACACAGUGGAGCUGAACGAUCAAUACAAUAUGGCAAAUGACAGGAUGGAAAAAGGGAGUUUGCUCGGUAAAACAGGACUCGAAUGCAAAGAAAACAGAGCCAAGAGCAGAAACAACACUCUGUUAAUGGACAAUCUUGCCUUUGAGAGCUGUGAGGAACCUGAAGAGAGUGUCAGCAUCAAAAUGUCAAAAAAAAAUAACAAGAAUUAUAUUGGUGAUCUCAAUGUAGCUCUCAAAGAACUUGCCAGAGUCAGUGAAGAAUUAUGCAGCUAUCAAGAAGAAAUUCGAAAGAAGUCCAACCACAGAAGAAUGAAGUCACUUCCUUUCCUGGGGGAAUUUGAGGAAACCCAAAACACAGUUAUUCUGCCUGAAAUGAACCAUAUGUCCAGCAAUGAAUCACCGACUUCAGUUGCUUUUGAGACAGAGGAACAUAAAAACAGGAAGAAUCUGAUGAGCUCCACUAAGGCUUUGAAGGACAUGUCUUAUGGUGAUCUUACUGGUGACAGAGGAAUAGACUUCAGACCUUGGCAGAAGAAAGAAGCUCCACCAGUUCCUCCACGAAGCACUUCUCGGCACCUAACAAACUCGCUUUCUGCAGUUGUACAGCUUUCUGAAACUCUAAUAAGGGAUCCAGGCAUCAAAGGCAAUUACAAGGCUCAGGGCUGUAGGAGUGGAAGGAAACUGAUCAGUCCUUCACCUCUAAACCAGAAUGAAACUGCAGCAGCCUGGGCAAAUGAAGGGCAGGCUGUGAAAAGUCCUCUGAUAGUAACUGCUUCAAUACCUGUAAUCAAAAAUGAGUGCAGCGUACCAACAAGUUUCUGCCACAACACAUGGGCAUAUGAUGUGGGCAAACUUGGAAGAGACAACAGAAGUGAACACUCCCCAUUGUCAGCCCAAAAGAGUUGUUCAGAUGGAAAUAUGGCCCAAAGCAACAAGAUGCACCAGAAACAAAAUCCCAAGUCUCACAGCAGCCCUUAUUAUAGUGAUAACUUUUACGCUCCUGCUAACCUGCACAGUGAUCUUCUGGAAGACUCCAGGUAUACCUGGGGAAAGACGCAAAGAAAUGAAACUUUAGCAGCAAAGAUUGAUGAGUUUAACCGGACUGUAUUUCACACAGAUAAACGUAACAAUGCUUUGCAGGAAAAUCAGGUGCCUCAAACAGCAUCAGAAGAUCACAAACCCUGCGUCCCAUCGUGUGACUCUGCUAUCAGCAGGACAGAAACUGUGAAUACAUCCUGCGCUUCAAAUCCCAAACUCUCUGCAGCAAAGGAGCACGAAACUAGCAAUGCCAGCAGAGCUGUCAGAGCAGCAGGGCAACAAAAGCAAAUAAAUGGACUUCCAAAUACUAGCGGUUACAGGCACAUGCUUCAUGAGCAUGACUGGAGACCAAGUAAUUUAUCUGGUCGCCCGCGUUCGGCUGACUCAAGGUCCAACUAUGGUGUUGUUGAAAAGCUUUUGAAAAACUAUGAAAAAUCAACAGUGACUCCUCCGUGUAAUGCAAAAUGCUGCAAAGAUAAAUGCACACAGGCAAAUUCUGAAUUCACGGACAGGGGUUGUGAGACAUUGAGUCAGUAUUUAGAAACAGUCCAGAUUGAGCAAGGAAGGCAAGAAUUUCCAAGGAAUUCGGCCAGGCAUAUUGGGCAGCAACUCAAGCAAGGAAAAGAGAGACAGAAGUUACCAGAGAUAUCUGUGCCAGCUAAAUGUUCGAGUGGGAAGGGUUUCUCCCGGCCCGCUCGGCCAGCGAACCGACGCUUACCUUCCAGAUGGGCAUCCAGGUCACCGUCAGCACCACCUGCUGUGAGAAGAACAGCAGACAACUGCUCUGUCUCCUUUCGGUCAGAGACCUCAGUAGUCUGAACCCAGAGCUGGGUUGGAUGGUGUUGUGAAAACUCUACGCCUCCUUGUAGCGGCGUUCGGUAUGUGCUAAGAGCAACCAGUUCUACAGCGUUGUCUCUUGUCCGAGAGCGACCCCACCACAGGCCAGACAAAGCAUUUUGAAUCUUAGGCCAUCAUCACCAUGGUCUUCAGUGUUUUUAUUGAGAUGAAAUAACUAUACCCCUGUUUUUUUCUCUGUUGUUUUGGUAAUAGCUCACAAGGAAUUUCUUUUGAAUGGCAUCUUCUUUGAUUUGCCAAUCAAUUUUCAGUUGAACCAAUGUAUAGUGCUGUAUAUUCUGACUCUUCUGCAAACAGCAGAACGUAAAGCUGUAUGCAUGAUCAUGUGUUCGUAGGUGCAUGUGUUGGACUAGGAAGUAUACAGGUCUGUAUUUAGAACAGACAAACUGUGCUAGUGUUGACAAUGAAAUUACAACCUAUAUGCCUACAUA